AUGUUGGUGUUUUGUCUCCUGUUACUUGCGCAGGUCCCAGACUCUGAGAGAACUAGGUACUCCAGGUUUAAGAGCGCCAUUACGCAGAAGCUGGCAGCCAGAGCUCCGGUGGUAAGCAGCCCGAUUACCACAAGAUGGCAGCAGCGGCACGCGGGCCGGCGGCGCGGAGCCGAGCCGAGGCGGGGCCGCAGCAACGCAAUCGUUUUCCGUGCCGCUGGAGGGCCUCAGGUCGUAGACGCGCCUGGGAAGACUCUAGCAACACCUCGGGUGCCUAAGAAAUUCUGCAUCAGAAGAACUGUUGUGACUCUACCUAGCAGUACUGCUACAGCAGGCUUGGAAGGGAUAUGUAACAGGAGAACUGAAACAGGAAAGAAACAGAAAUGUCCUUCUCAGCUUUCAGUGGUCCAGGAGGUUGGAUAUAGUCUUGCAGAAAGUAGUGACAUGAAGGUCCGUGAAAAUACUGAUUGCAUCUGGAAAGGAAGCCAAGAGGGGACCCAGAAUGAGUUUAGAGCUGUUCACACCAUGAAACCUUCCACACCACUGGAGCCAGAGCGGAGACUUCAUAUUACUGGUUUGCUCAAUGACUACUAUCUGAACAUACUGGACUGGAACCUUGAAAAUCUCAUUGCUGUUGCUGUAGGACCUGCUGCACAUAUCUGGAAUGGAAGAACUCUUCAAGCCAUUGAAAGCAUUGAUUUGAAUUCCACUUCCAACUACAUUUCAUCUCUGGCUUGGAUAAAAGAAGGAACUUGCUUGGCAAUUGGCACUAGUGAUGGAGAAGUGCAACUGUGGGACACUGAAACCAAAAAGAGGUUGAGAAAUAUGUUUGGCCACCUGUCUGUAGUUGGAGCUCUUAGCUGGAAUUGUUAUAUUUUGAGCAGUGGUUCCCGGCUAGGAUCUAUUCAUCACCAUGAUGUCCGGGUUGCCCAUCACCAUGUUGGGACUCUUUGCCAAAACAAACAAAGCAUUUGCAGCCUGAAAUGGUCACUAAGCAACCAGUUGCUGGCAAGUGGGUCUAGUGAUGGUAUAUUGAAUAUCUGGCCUAGCGACCCUGGUGUGAAAUUGCAGGCACAGCCCCUGAAAACCAUUCCUCAUUCUUCAGCAGUCAAGGCUAUGAACUGGUGUCCUUGGCAGUCUGAAGUCCUUGCUACAGGGGGCGGAAUGAAAGAUGGGAUUUUGCGUGUCUGGGACAUAAAUCGUGAAAAAAUCAUCCAAAGUGCAGCUACACAUUCUCAGAUUUGUUCCUUGCUCUGGUUGCCCAAAACCUGUGAACUGAUGACUGGGCAAGGCCUUCCUGGAAAUCAGAUGAAAAUAUGGAAGUAUCCCAUGCUUAUCAACUCAUCACAACUCUAUGGUCACAAAGGAAGAGUCCUGCAUAUAGCCCUGAGCCCAGAUCAGAGCAGGAUCUUUUCUGUUGCAGCUGAUGGAAUUGCUUGUCUGUGGAAAUGUGAGUCUGGGGAGAGCAAGCACAGGAGCAAGGCUUUUUGGGAAGAAUGUGCUAACUCUGAAGAAUAA